AUGGUUCGACGUAAACUUCGCCUGCUAGUUAUUCUAGCGGGCAUCUGGCUUGUUGGUAUUGUGGUAUAUUUAUUCAAAGGAGAUGAUCAAAGUGAGUUUGAGAAGCGGGUCAUUGACAAAGGACCAGAUGGUUUCUAUGUGCAUAAAGAAGAGAAAGAGCAUCAACCAUUCCAGGAAGAAAACAAAGCAGAAGUAUUGCAUCAGGUAGAAGACCAGUGGAAGAAAAAACAAGAUGCUGAGAUCACACAGUCACGUCAGACUUUUAUAGAGACCAAGAAGCUACUGCCACCAGAUGAUGAGCUAGGGGAUAUCCCAUGGGGCCAAUUUGAUGAGCUUGGCUACAUCAGUAAGACCACUUUGAAACCUGGUCAGGACCCAUAUGCUAGGAAUAAGUUCAACCUUCAGGCUAGUGACAACAUCAAGUCCAACCGACAUGUACCAGAUACCAGGCACAUGAACUGCAGGUCAGAGACAUGGAGUCAAGAUUUGCCAGACACUUCCGUUAUCAUCACCUUUCAUAAUGAGGCUAGGUCAGCACUGCUGCGCACUAUUGUUAGUAUCUUUAGGAAAAGUCCAGACCACCUUAUUAGAGAGAUCAUUCUAGUGGAUGACUUCAGUGAUGACCCAUCUGAUGGUCAGGAACUUGACAAGAUUAAAAAGGUGAAAGUUUUGAGAAAUGACAAACGUCAAGGUCUAAUUCGUUCCAGAGUGAACGGAGCCAACAUGGCCAAGGGCAAGGUCUUGACUUUCUUAGACAGUCAUUGUGAGUGUAAUGAAAAGUGGUUGGAGCCGCUGUUGGACAGAGUUAAACAGGAUCGUAGAAAUGUAGUGAGUCCAAUCAUUGAUGUCAUCAGUAUGGAUAAUUUUGAUUACAUUGGCGCUUCAGCUGAUUUGAAAGGAGGAUUUGAUUGGAAUCUGGUCUUUAAAUGGGACUACAUGUCUGCUGAGGAAAGAAAUAGACAAAGACAAAACCCCACUGCACCUAUAAGAACGCCAAUGAUUGCGGGUGGCCUGUUUUCUAUUGACAAGUCAUGGUUUGAUGAGCUAGGCCAGUAUGAUUUAAAAAUGGAUGUUUGGGGAGGUGAAAACUUGGAGAUAUCCUUCCGUGUUUGGCAGUGCCAUGGAAACCUGGAAAUAAUCCCAUGCAGUCGUGUUGGUCAUGUUUUCCGUAAACAGCAUCCUUACACUUUUCCUGGUGGAAGUGGCCAGAUUUUUGCAAGAAACACAAAGCGUGCAGCAGAAGUCUGGAUGGAUGAAUAUAUUCAGUUUUAUUUUGCUGCAGUGCCAUCUGCUAAACAUGUGGAUGUGGGAGAUAUUUCAGAAAGAUUGGCUCUGAGAGACAGGUUACAGUGCAAGCCUUUUAAGUGGUUUUUAGAAAAUGUGUACCCUGAAUUAAAGAUUCCCAGUGUACAGGAUAUUGCAUUUGGUAGUAUUAAACAAGGGAAUGACUGUAUGGACACUAUGGGCCAUUUUGCUGAUGGAAUUCUUGGAUUGUAUCCAUGUCACAAUUCUGGUGGAAAUCAGGAGUUUUCAUUAACUAAAGCUGGAGAAGUGAAACAUCUAGAUCUCUGUGUGACCUUAGUGGAUACCAGGCCUGGGAAUGAGGUCAAGCUGUAUCAGUGUACACCAGGCAACUAUAAGCAGCAAUUUGUUCAGAAUCCAGCCAAAGACCAACUUCGUCACAAGUCCUAUGACCUUUGCCUGGACAGUGUAGUGUGGCAGACUAAAGGAAUUGUGGCCAAUAAAUGUGACCCUUCGUCUUACACCCAGAAGUGGACAUUUUCUUUAAGUAAAAACAGAUAG